AAAAAUGACACGAAUACCGACGAUGCGAAAACUACACAGGAGCAUGUCGACACUCUUCUAUCUAGUGUCAUAUGCUGUGUCAGUGACCGCACAGCAGCCUUCCCAUUUCUUUCGCACCUUUCCCGAAAAUCGAUUUGGAUUGCAGAUCACACACGCAGACACGUUGCAGUUUUACGCGUCUGCGGAUGCUGAGACGUUUAGAAAGCGAUUUGCAUCGUCCAGUACAACGUCCCCAAGCACUACUGCUAAUACAGUAUCUUCGUCUUCUUCAAUUUCUACUAGCACAACUUCUUGGGAGCCCAUCGAGUUUUUCGCUUCCUCAAACGGAAAGCCUUCAGAGGACUCUUCUGCUACAACACCAUCUAAACCGAAUAUCAACAAACGCCGUGCCCUCCUCGUCAUCGCACUGGGCAAGUUUGCAUCAAAUCGUGGGAAUUACACUGAACUCGCCGUGGCUUAUCCGGCUUGUGAAGAUGCGAGGAGGACUAAACUGUCAAGCUGCGACAGCUUUGCAUCUUGCGGUCCAAAGUUGCCUGACUGUGUCUAUACCUACAUGUGGCGAGGGUUUGUUUCAUCAUCUUCAUCGUCUUCUCCAAGUAUUAGUCUCGCAGGAAGCUCCCCGAGCAGUGGAACGAAAGCGCAUCAAGAAGCUGCACUAAGUUCAAGUACCCCAACAUCAAAUUAAGGCUGUACCACCUAGUACAUCUUUGGGCGCAUGCACCUUGAAACGUAGGGAGCUGGAGGAGUAUCCUAAGGGAAAAACUAUACUCCCCCAUACUUUUCAAGGAUGCACUUGGAAGAUGAACUGCGGACAGCUCUAAUCAAAACACGAAGUCCUCGAUGUCCAUUCUCACGCGCGUUCUGUCUGGGGAUUGGACAAACGAAAUGCGAAAGUAGGCUUAAGGGUAGGUUAAAGGUGCUUUUGUUGCCGUUUGUUAUGGCUCUCCCAAGGGGGACAGCCAUAACAAGCGGGAUUGACGAACACCAAAAGCCUACCUCUAAUAGGCAAAUUUGACCUAAUCUUGGAUAGAGCAGAGCGGGAAGACGUCAGUUUCAAUUUCCAGGAUGAAACUGGGAAGUUGCUCUUCAAAGGCAGGGUGGCCGUGAAACCUAAGGCAGGCUCUGAUCAUAUAGAUCUGGAAGCGACAGAGCGUGCAAGAGCUGCGUUGAGUGGGGGUGCGGAGUUUGAUAACGUUGGAGAGAGCGCAUCUUCCUCAUCUGGAGGUCAAGAAGCAGGUCAACAAAGUGACGACACGACUGGAGGCACCAACAGCAAGCGCAAACAUGAGAUCCUUCCAGUCGUGAGCCCCAAAGGGUCGCGGUUUCUGCAAAUAGUCAGCACAGCAAAAAUGCCGAUAGAAGAACUACAUUUCGUGGAGAAUUUGGAGGCAGGCUCUUUGUUCGAAGGCAUGGACUUGCGAGUGGAGAAAGCCGUUCUAUAUCGCGAUAUGGAGAUGCAGCUAUUGCCACCAUGGAAUUGGAACCCUUUUGAAGAGGCAAGGAGUGGUGGUGGAGAUGGACUACUGGUAACUGGUGCUUCUAAUGGGGAAGUAAGUAGAGGUGGCUCUAGUACUCAUGGAUCUGAUUCUCGCUCUGGACCUGGAGUUGGUGCUCAAAUUCGACCUGUCGGUGCCAACUCUGUCGGUGAUGCAGACAUAAGGCCAUUCAGACUUCCAGACCCCCACGCAGAUCAUCAGCAAGAUCAACGUAGUACCUUUCGUCCUACACCAGAUGAAGCAGAAAGAGAAAGUGCAACUACAAAGAACCCAACUAGUACUUCUACUUCUGGGAGGACUAGACAGAAACCUCCAAGUACAAGUCCUGAAACAAAAGCACUUUUGUAUGCUGAUCUAGAAGAAGAUGAUGGGGAAGAUUACGAGGCUUCAGUUAGCCAGCACAACAUCAUAGGAAAAGAGUAUAUGCCAUCACCAGAACCACAACGAAUUCUCCGAGACCAUCGCGGUCCGCAACAGAGAUUACGUCAAGUAGAUGCUGUUGAACAAGUAGAACAACAAAACGACGCACCAACACCUCCACCGCCAUCUCCACCUCCCCAUCAGGACAAAGUUAAAGAGCCUAAAACCGUAGAAGUAAGCCUCGAUGAUAACGCGUCUGCACCCUUAGAAUUGCUUUUUGGAAUGGCUGGUGGGGUCAACGAACCUAGUGACAAGCCUUUUCCUGGUACUAACGGCUCAGGAAAAGGCGCUAAGAGUCGUGCAGCUUCGCUACUCAUGAUGGACGAGCUGGCGAGGGAGGAGGCAGAACUACAGGCUAGGAUGAUGGGUGGCAUUGGAGAUGCUAGAGGGAUCGGCUCGCCCGGUGCAGAAGGCGGUGGAGGUCAUAUUAAGGCUGCCCCUAAUCCAUCUCCUCUAUAGGGAUCCCUCAAACAUUCAUAUGCACCCCAAUAGAUACAAGGGAGAUACUGACGCAUAUGCUUGAGGGAUUUCAACCGGAAUGAAUAGGGGACGAGAGGUCUAAUCAUAGUGGCGGAGGCAGUUCUCGUGGAAUAUCAACUAGAAAAACUGACGUCAGAAGAGGUAGGGGAAGUUUGGAGAAGAGCAGACAAGCGAGGUUGACGAGUUCUGACUUGGCUUCUGACACUGGUUUUGGAGUUGGUGGGAUUCCAGUAGAUGGCGACUCGUCAAAUGAAGAUAAUGACGUUAGUAGAGGAAGGACUAUUGAUGAGUUGCACAAGACACAACAUACGCAUCAAGAUAGACAUGACACUGAAAAUCUUGAUAGUACAGCACCUCCUCCUCCACCACCACCUCCUUCACAGGAACAACACAGCGGGAUAAGUGCAUUUCCUCCACCUAUACCCCAUAGCGAAUUCGCGGAAAGUAGAGCGAGAGAAAAGAUUCUACAGGAAGGUCUUUUGAAUGAUGAUGGUGAAGAGGAUCUCUAGAGUUGCUUAAUUUCCAUCUGGGUUUUCCGUUCUUUUCAUACUCAUACGCGGCACGCAACACUCGCACUCUAUGUCUUUCUAGCUGCAGCAGAUUCAGCUUCAGGCUUUCGCAACGCACUUAU